CGUCUCAUCCUCAUCCUACUCUCCAUCUCUCCUCUCACCCUAAUCCUUGCUGCUCGAGCCACUCUCAACCCACCCCACCCUACACACUCUGUCAAAAUGAAGUUCGCCGUCUCCGCUGCUCUUCUCCUGGCCGUGGCCGCCGCUUUCGUCUCUGCCGACGUUGCUCAGGUCAAGAGGGACGUUGCCGCCAUUGACGCUGGUGUCGCCAAGCUCAACAACGACCUUGCUGCUCAGAACUUGAACUACUUCUCUGCCCUGGGCAUUCACCAGUCUGCUGUCAACCUUGACAACACCAUCAAGACUGCCACCAACAACGUCAACGCGCUUUCCGCUGACGAGGUCUCCGAGGCCGACGCCCAGGAGGUCCUCAACACACUCACCGGUACCGAGGUGAACGUCAAGUCCGCCAGCCAGAGGCUCAUUGCCCAGAAGCCCAACUUUGACCGUCUCGGUGUGACUGGUCUUGCCCGCGACGACACCAACAACCUCGCCCGCGACACCAAGCUCUACGGCGCCGCUCUGCUGAGCAAGACCCCCGCAUCCCUCCAGACCGACGCUUCCAGUCUGCUCGACAAGGUCAACGCUGACCUCGCCGAGGCUGUCACUGCCUACGCCUAAGCUUCGAUACGGGCGCAGCGCAGUGAAUGCAGCAGCUGCUCCGUGUCCAUGGCCCGCUUAAUUUUGUCACCUAAUCUGUCGUACCCGGA